AUUCGGAACGCCUCGGAUAAACAGGAAGCACUAAAACCGGUGCUCUGGUUGAAAAAUAAAAUUUGGAAAAAAAUGUUCUCAAACGCCGUAAAAUCACUAUGUCAGGUAACAGUAUGUCGACAAGUGUUAACACGGUAUGUCCAUAAAUCCAGAUGUGCUCACAGACCCUACUAUGUCCCUAUUGUUGUGGAGCAGACCGGAAGAGGCGAGAGGUCAUAUGAUAUUUACUCAAGACUUCUUAAAGAAAGAAUUGUCAUGAUUAUGGGUCAAAUUUCGGAUGAUAUAUCAAGUCUUAUCAUUGCACAGAUGUUGUUCCUACAAUCUGAGAGUGCAACUAAACCUAUAAAUUUGUAUAUAAACAGUCCAGGUGGGGUUGUAACAUCAGGUCUUGCCAUAUAUGAUACAAUGCAAUACAUUCAACCACCUGUUGCUACAUGGUGUGUUGGCCAGGCUGCCAGUAUGGGCUCCUUGUUACUGGCCGCAGGUACAUCGGGAAUGCGUUACUCAUUACCUAAUUCAAGAAUCAUGGUACAUCAAGUGUUAGGUAGUGCUCAGGGUCAGGCCACAGAUAUACAGAUACAAGCUGAGGAAAUUCUCCGACAGAAACAGAGAUUGAACAACAUCUAUGCUAAACACACAAACAAACCUGUGGAACUUAUAGAAACCACCAUGGAAAGAGACAGGUUUAUGACACCAGAGGAAGCAAAAAAUUUUGGAAUCAUAGAUCAUGUCUUAGACAAGCCGCCAGUAAUAGAUGAAAAUAAGAAAUAGCAUCAGAACACUUGUUAGAGAUUGAUUUCUAUUUUAAAAAUUGUCUUUAGUUAGCUUGUAUGUGGAAUUAAAUGUGUCAACACGA